AUGACAUCGAAAUCAAAGGCAAAACGGCCUGGGCGUAUAACAAUCGCUUGCAACGCGUGUCGAUCGCGAAAACAAAAAUGUAGCGGCCGAAAACCCGUUUGCGAACAGUGUUUCGAAAACAACCGACCAUGCAACUGGCCCGAACAGCUUCGAAGAGGACCAGAGAAAGGAUAUGCCGAAGCACUGGAGAAUCGACUUCAGCUCACUGAGAAUAUUCUUUUGAGUUUGCUCCCACAUGUCUCGGACGAGCAGCUUUCAGCUGCGAUUGCUCGCCGAGAAAGCAGCCAAGAUCACGGUACUGGCACAUAUGUGCCAUUCGCUAGACUCGAGAGGAGAGGGAUUGAGAGUUGGUGGCGAUUCCCCCUUGAUACUUCUGACGGUAUUCGGAGGUGGCAGCAAGCUUGCACUGAGCCUAAAAGGGUGGGUCUGGAGACACAGGGCUCUGAGAAAAGGCGUUUGCAGAAUGAAGCGCCCGAUGGUUCGGUUCAGAUGUCUACUGCAACUCGAGAUACCGAUGGAACUCUCAAUGAAACACCGAACUGUCAGGCCCUCGAGUCAUCGAGUGAUGCACGUGAAGAGAGUGCUCCGGUGGAGAGAAUGAGUUCUUGGCAGGGAGCGCCUUCGUCCGAGUUUCAACGUCAGUUUCUCUGGUGA